CAGCCAAACACCGUGGUGACGCUGCACUUACCCAGCAUUCAGUGGCAGAGCAUCAUGGCGGAAACCAGGGAGAAAGCGCUGCAAGAUUACAGGAAAAAAUUACUUGAACACAAAGAAGUGGAUGGGCGGUUAAAAGAACUGAGAGAGCAGCUCAGAGAACAAACUAAACAGUAUGAGAAAUCAGAGAACGACCUCAAGGCUCUACAAAGUGUUGGUCAGAUUGUUGGAGAAGUGCUCAAACAGCUCACUGAGGAGAAAUUCAUUGUCAAGGCCACCAACGGCCCCCGAUAUGUGGUUGGAUGCCGCAGACAGUUGGACAAGUCACAGCUGAAGCCAGGCACCAGAGUGGCUUUGGACAUGACUACGCUCACUAUAAUGAGGUACUUGCCCAGAGAGGUGGACCCUCUGGUGUACAACAUGUCCCAUGAAGACCCUGGCAGCGUCUCCUACUCUGAGAUCGGGGGCUUGUCUGAACAGAUCCGUGAGCUGAGAGAGGUAAUUGAGCUGCCUCUGACCAACCCUGAGCUCUUCCAGAGAGUGGGCAUCAUCCCUCCUAAAGGCUGUCUGCUCUAUGGACCUCCAGGCACUGGGAAGACUCUUCUGGCCAGAGCAGUUGCCAGUCAGCUAGACUGUAACUUUCUCAAGGUGGUGUCCAGCUCCAUUGUGGACAAGUACAUUGGAGAGAGUGCCAGGCUGAUCAGAGAGAUGUUCAACUACGCCAGGGACCACCAGCCAUGCAUCAUCUUCAUGGAUGAGAUCGAUGCCAUCGGCGGCAGACGUUUCUCUGAGGGAACUUCUGCUGACAGAGAGAUCCAGAGGACUCUGAUGGAGCUGCUGAACCAGAUGGAUGGCUUUGACACGCUGCACAGAGUCAAGAUGAUCAUGGCCACCAACAGACCAGACACUCUUGACCCAGCCUUACUUCGACCCGGCAGACUGGACCGCAAAAUCCACAUCGAACUGCCCAAUGAACAGGCUCGUCUGGACAUUCUCAAGAUCCACUCCAGUCCCAUCACCAAGCAUGGAGAAAUAGAUUUUGAAGCCAUUGUGAAGCUGUCAGAUGGUUUCAACGGUGCUGAUCUGAGAAACGUGUGCACAGAAGCAGGUUUGUUUGCAAUCCGCUCUGACCGCGAGUAUGUAACUCAGGAAGAUUUCAUGAAAGCCGUGCGGAAGGUUGCUGAUUCAAAGAAGCUGGAGUCCAAGCUGGACUACAAGCCUGUAUAAACCCUCUGUGUCAUAGUUCUUUUCUCUACCUGACGUUUUUCCAUUGCAUUUCCAUGGAUUUGCUGUGUUGUAUGCUUAAGGCCAAACAGUUUCUUUAUGUUUGUGGGAAGCAACACUAGAAAAAGUAUGUUGUCCUUAAAUUUGCCAACUAAGUGACUUUCACUCAGUAACAGUAAGCUCCUGUUUCCACUUGUUAGUCUGACCUGCCUCAGUACUUACACUGGAUUAAAGAGGCUGGUCACUUCUGGCAUCCCACACAACACUUGUAUAAAAUACCUUCAUAUACUGAAAUAAACCAUUAUAUCUAAAAUUCUGUCUUUCA